AUGCUCUCCCCCGUUGUACACGCGGGCGGCAUGCUCGCCAAGCGGGCCUACUCCAACUUGGCCGACAGCUCCUCAGACAUGCCCGAUGAGCCUCAAGGACCCCCUAUCAAGUGGGCGCCUUAUGGCGGACUCCAACUCUUCAUCAACAUCCUCCUCUUCCUCCCCAUGUUCCUCUACAUCGGCUACACCCUCACCCACAUCUACCCAACCCUCGCCAUCGUCGAGGACCCCCUCCCCGCCUACGACGCCAUCCCCAUCAACGAGCCCACCAACGAAGAUGGCGACAUCAACAAGGCAAAUACCAACAAGAACGCUCCUCCCCCUACCUACAACAACAACAACAACAACAACAACAUCAUCAACGGUGGCUCUUCCUCCUUCCCCAACGGUGACGGCCCCCUCCCGACCAAACCCAUCACCUCCUCCCUCCGCGCCACCCACCGUACCCUCCAAUCCAUCUCCGGCUUCCGGUCUCAAUUCCGCGGUUUAGGGUGCUUCCUCUUCCUCGCCUUCACUACGAGCAUCCUCUCAGGAAUCUUCUUCUUCAUCCCCAUCCUCGGCAACCUCGUCGUCCUCCUCCUCACCUCCCAACUCAUGACCGCCCUAACCCACAUCAUCAUCUCGGUCCCCCGCCCGGCCAACACCCCCCACGGGCGCACCUUUUUCUCCCGCCUCCCCUCCUGGCGUCGCAACUUGGUAGCAACCUACCAGCCCAUCCUCUUUUACUGGAUCGCCAUCCACGCCUCUCUCAUCCUUCCGGGACUCCUGGCGGGCCUCAUCGGCCUCUCCCCUUAUGAUGAUAACUCCCAGCUCAAGGAGGGGAUCUCAGGGUCGGAAGUCGCCAAGCUUGUUUGUGUGCUUGGGGUUUUUGUCGGGUUGAACUUGUUGCUUGUUGUGCCUGCUCAUGUUGCUUUGGUGAGGGUGCAGGCCACGCUGUUGCCGCAUGAGGAGGAGACGAUCGUGCCGUUUGACCGGACUUUCGGGGGGAGUGUGGAGGCUGAGGUGAUCAAUGGGAGGGGGUUUGGGAGUUUGAGGAAUGCGCUCAAGACGGUGAGCUGGGGGAGUUGGGUUAGGUUGUAUGGGCAGCAGGUUAAGAUUUUGGGGGUGAUGGUGGGAUUGUAUGCCGUUAUGGGGGGUUGGUUGGUCGUGCAGUUCUUUUUUCUGGGGUGGAGGGCUUGA